GUGUGGUAGUUGGUCUGGAAGCCAGGUGGAAUGGCCCACGUCCCAGCUCAUUCUUGGUCGCAUUGGUUGGGAAAGUGAAUUGCACGUCUUGUUCAGGAAGACUCGGUUGCUUCAACAAUCCAAUCAAAAUUCCGUUCUUUCUUCCCCCUCGAGUAAUUGAUUCAUGGAUCGCCGCCAUGCCGGAGAAUUCGUGGUGGACGUGGUGCUGUGGCGGCGAGGCCGGGCCGAGGUGAGCGCCCUGGCCCUGGCGGCCACCGUCUCCUCCUGGAUCAUCCUCGGCGCUGGAGCCGGCGGAGGGUACACGGCGGUGUCGCUGUCCUGCAACGUGCUGCUCCUCCUGCUGACCGUCCUCUUCGCGUGGUCCAAGGCGGCGCGCCUCCUCAACCGGCCGCUGCCGCCGGUCCCGGACCUGCAGCCGGCGGUGGAGGGAUUCACGUCCCUGCUCCACUCCGGCCUCACGGACCUCUCCGCCGCCUUCCGCCGCGUCGCGCUCGGCGACCCCGACUCGGGCGGCCUCUUCUGCCGGGUCGCCCUCUGCCUCGCCGCCGCCUCCCUCCUCGGCGGCCUCGCCCAGGACCUUCCCACCUUCUGCUACGCGGGCGCCGUCGUCGCCCUGACGGUGCCGGCCCUGUACCAGAGGUGCUCCAUGGAGCGGUACGCGAGGCUGGCGUGCCUGAACCUGUACAGGUACGAGCUGGUGUACCAGAGCUUCUCCCUCAGAUGCUACCUCAGCGCCAGGGACUACCUCAUUGAGCUGCUCAAGGAACCAUGAUGAACUUGUUUGCUCUACUAUAGUACUGAUAGUUUGGAUUGUUCGGGCUUGCUUGCUCUGAGUUUUUCUUGUCUUCACUGCCUAUGGGUACGUGAUUGACCGAUUGAUUGAUUUUUCAUGCUAAUGGCUUGCUGGCAUUUGAAUGGACUUGUUUGUUUGUCUUA